GCUGCAGACUGGAGCCCUGCACCACACAGCUCAUCAGUUUGGGUACAGCUGAAGAAAAGGACACAAUGGCUCUGACAAACCCUAUGCCCAUGGGCCCUUGGAAGAUCACCGUGUACGAUCAGGAGUACUUCCAAGGCAGGCGCAUGGAGUUCACCGCCUGCUGCCAGAACAUCAUGGAGUGUGGGAUGGAGAACAUCCGCUCCCUGAAGGUGGAGUGUGGCGCCUGGGUCGGCUAUGAGCACUCCAGCUUCUGUGGCCAGCAGUUUGUGCUGGAGAAGGGUGAUUACCCUCGCUUCGAGGCCUACAGCGGCAGCAACUCCUACCGCAUUGAGAGGAUGAUUUCCUUCAGGCCCAUCUGCUGUGCUAACCACAAGGAGUCCCGCAUGACCAUCUUUGAGAUGGAGAACAUGAUGGGGCGUCAGUUUGAGCUGUGUGACGACUACCCGUCCCUGCAGGCUAUGGGCUGGAUGAACAACGAGGUCGGAUCCAUGCAGAUCCACUGCGGAGCCUUUGUGUGCUAUCAGUACCCUGGAUAUCGCGGCCACCAGUACAUCAUGGAGUGUGACUGCCGCGGAGGAGAGUACAAAUGUUACCGUGAGUUUGGCUCCCACUCCCAGACUCCCCAGAUCCAGUCCAUCAGGAGGAUCCAGCACUGAGAAAGGAGAGGAUUUCCCUCACUCCACCUUCUUUCCUUCCCUUUUCCUCUCUUCCUGAUACAUUUACAUCCCUUCUUUUCUUCUUCUUGUCCCACAACCUCCAACUCCCCAGCUCUGCUGACCCGGACGGUCAAAGCAGGACCAAAGGACUGAACUUCAGGUGCUUACUGACGUCAGUGGUUCCCUGCACACUUGCUUUAUUUUUGUUUUAAAGGAGACGACAUAAGUAAAGGAAGGCUAUAAGAAAGACAGGCAUUAGGAAUGACAGAUUUGAAAACAAAUCAAAGAAAAAGAACGGAUGCUCCACCUUGGUGAUGAAAACAUUUCAAAGUUAGUUGCUCUUUUACCUUCUCCUCUACGGAUGAACAACCACCAAUCUGGGUGUCGAUGUGAUAUCAAUGACUGCCUGUGUUAAGAUAAUAAAUAAAGAAAAUGAGCAAAGAAACAGA